AUGCAACGGGGUUGCAGCUGGGAUGGUCCUGGUAGUGUAUGGGCGAAUGGGCGCAUUGAUGCAAUUGGCAUUGACAUUGACUAUACGGAGUACUGUAACUAUGGAUUCGCAUUCGGAUUGGAGCUCCUGUUUGAGAUAGGACGGGAAGAGCAGCGGUCUAAGCAAAGCGAUUCGCCCACACAAUGUUGUAUACUCUUCCAGUUUGCUUUUUCGCUUCCUGGAAGCUCGCACCCGGGCGCAAAGAACACCGUCGAAUCGCUUACGAGUACGUAA